AAUCAACGUUAAUUUAGAGAACGAACCUACCGAAGGCAAUUUGUUUAAACUUGUUCCUUUUGUUUUGACUGCCAAUAACGAAAGUGGAAGAAUAGGUUGCUAUGUUGUUUAUUCUUAACUUGUCUGAGUCGGCCACCGAACAAAUUUGCUCCUGAUUUGCAAUUGACAAACCAAGGCUGUUGGAUGCAUAAUGUUGAAUCCGGUGACAGCUGUGAUAAGGUUCACUCAUUAUGGUAAUGGGACGGUCUCUCCGACCACCGUGGAGAACACGUCGGUCGUGCCUACAUGGCCCUCGGAAAGCAAUAUCUCCAAACCGCACCGAUGUCUUCAAGUUCUGUACGAGGACAUUGGCGACUCCAGAGUGCGGUUUUGGGACCUCCUGCUGCUGGUGCCCAACGUGGCCUUCUUCAUGUUCCUGAUGUGGAAACUGCCUUCAGCUCGUGCCAAGAUCCGCCUCACAUCCAGCCCCAUCUUCAUCACCUUCUACAUCCUGGUGUUUGUGGUGGUAGCAGUGGGAAUCAUUCGAGCCAUCGUGUCUAUGACUGUCAGUGCAUCCAGUGCUGCCACUGUCAUUGACAAGGUAUUGUGGGAGAUGACACGGUUUUUCCUGCUGGCCAUUGAAUUGAGUGUGAUUAUUCUGGGGCUGGCCUUCGGUCACUUGGAGAGUAAAUCCAGUAUUAAGCGUGUGCUGGCCAUCACUGCAGUGCUGGCGUUGGCUUACUCCAUCACACAGGGCACUCUGGAGAUUCUGUAUCCUGACCGUCACCUCUCAGCUGAAGACUUCAACAUCUAUGGCCAUGGGGGAAGACACUUCUGGUUGGCCAGCUCCUGUUUUUUCUUCCUGGUUUACUCUUUCAUAGUCAUCCUUCCAAAAACGCCCAUCAGAGAGAGGAUAUCGCUGCCAUCAAAGAGGAGUUUUUACGUGUAUGCAUUCAUCCUGUCUGUGCUGAACCUGGUCCAAGGACUAGGUAGUGCCUUGCUCUGUGCUGACAUUAUUGAGGGCCUGUGCUGUGUUGACGUGACCACAUUUCUCUACUUUUCCGUGUUUGCUCCUCUGAUCUACGUGACCUUUCUGAAAGGAUUCUUCGGUUCGGAGCCGAAGAUCCUCUUCUCUUAUAAGUCUCAGAUAGAUGAGCCGGAUGAGUCUGACGUGCACCUGCCGCCGACUUCUGCCUCUGGCCUGGCCGGCCGGAGAGACCCAGACCGCGGCCCCUACUCCAACACGCAGAUCGACGGCUCGGGCGUGGCCUACCUGGACGACGUAGUGUCAGGACCCUUCGGAACCGGCAGCAUUAACAGCAUCGGCAGUGACCGCUGGAGAGCCAUCAACGCCUGAACACAGAGCAAACAGACACUGAAAGAACAGGAAAAAAUGGAGAGAGAGGGGUAGUAGAAUAGUGAAGUUGAGAGAGAGAAAGAAAACGAAUGAGUAGAGAGAGAGAGAGAGAGACAGAGAGAGAAAGAAAUAAGACUAUUAUGACUUUCUUCCAAAGCCUAGACCAGAGGAGAGUAGAGCUUGGCCUGUCUCCUUCAGAUUUUAAGUAGAACUUGGCCCCGUCCCCCUGGGAGCCGGUCUGCUGGAGAUGGGUGGUGAGAGGAGUCCAGCUUAUCACCCAUCACACUGUGUUGGAAACCAGUGUUCUCAACUCAUUUAUUUUCACCAGUGUUCACAAUUCUUUCGUCCACGCCAGGUUAAUCAGCCGUUUCUGCUCCUUCACACUUUUACCAUUUCAAAGUUAACACUUCAGUUUGAACUUCUUGCUGAUGUGGUUGCGUAAGUGGACAGCUACAUUCAGACAAACCUUAUGCCCUGUGUUCAUCGCCCGCUUCAGUCUGCUCCCUGUUUAACGAUGCCUUUCCCUGGAUUUUUUUUUUCUUUUUUUCCCCACCUGUGAUGUUUUGGGCAGCCUGCAGCCCCAGGUUGCCCUGGUUUCAAUGUUACAAUAACGUUUUGUAACAGAUCUUGGACAGCCUUUGAAAAACGAGUCUGCUGAUUCAGGCUGCAGUUCUGAUGCGUACGAAGACCAACUAAGCGCACAUUCUCAUCAGCCUAUAUGUGUAUCAUCCGACUUGCUCGUUUAAUAAAACUAAAGACAGUUUUAUGUUUUUUUUGUUUUGUUUUGUUUUUUUUUUCUUCCUAACUGUAUGGGUUCAGUGUUUGGAAGAGAAGAGCUCAGAGUCAGGCCUGUCUGUGCUGUGAGUGAUAUGCUACUGCAGUGAGAUGGGAUGGACAGUUAGGCCUGGCCCAGCCCAGAUGUCUCUGAAUUAUCCUUCACUUUAUAUGUCUUUAAUUUAUUUUAAUGAAUGUCUAUGUUUUUUUUUUAUUAUUCUAAAACUGUGAUUGCCAUGAUACAAUUAUUCUGACUAACAAAUGCAUUGUUUCUAGUUUAAACGGCUACUUGGUAUUAUGACACAAAAUCGUUUUCACUACAUUAUAUUUUGAGAGUAAGGAAAAAUAAUUUGACCAAUGGCUCGUGCGCAGUGAUCAACCAGUUGUUUUGCAUGUCCCUGGUUUCAUGCAGUGCCACUCACAGUUUCAGUGACUUGAGCAAAGCUGCUCCUGGUUUUUUUUUUUAAGUUAUGUCCAUGUUUGUUUGUUUUUUAAAUCUGAAAAUCUUUGUUGC